CACUUCGGCGAUGGAUUGAGGAGCAGAAAAGUGUGCUUAGUAUUUAUCUUGACAUUGUGAAGAUGGUGUGCAUUCCUUGUAUAGUCAUUCCUGUCUUACUAUGGGUCUACAAGAAGUUCUUGGAGCCUAUUGUUUAUCCAUUCAUUGCCCCCUUCAUUAAUCGCAUAUGGCCUCAGAAAGCUGUGCCACCAGGAACUACUGCGUCAAAGCCAGACCAGAGUGAAAAGAAUGGGACGUGCAAGAGCACCGUACCGAGUAAAGAAGUGACAGAUGGCAGUAGUGGGCCAGCAGAUGUUUCAAACAAGAAGAUGGAUUAACUUAACUCUGAAUCACCUUCCGAGAACCAAGCUGUGAAAUUAACUAGGACCACAUGAAGCUAGAGAAAUUAAAGUCUAUUUACAAAGCAUAUUAUUGUCUGUAAUGUACUUUCAGUGAUUAAUUUGUUCCUUUUAAUUGCUAACUUAUUUUUAUAUUCUGUAUCCUGGAUUGUAUGUACUGGUUCAAAAAAGAGUGAGUAAAAAACUUGACUGGAGAAUGACAGACUUUAAAGUAAUUUCCAUGCCUGGAAAGACAAUUAUACGGGAGUUGGCAAAAUGGUUGGAAGUGUUUACCUCACUAAUACAAGGUACUGGGUUUGAUUCUUACCUUCAAGGGAAAUUGGCUAGGCUUAAAAUGGCCCAUAUGGGCAGCAAGUCUCGUAUUUGCCUUUGAACCCAUUUAUAAAUAUACAUAUAUACACACACACACACACAUUGUAUGUAUGUAUAUAUAUAUAUAUAUAUAUAUAUAUAUAUGUAAAUAUAUAUGUAAAUAUGUAGUGCCCCAACUACAUACAUAUGUAAUGAAACAUUGUUUGCAAGCCAUCAGCCCUCCUCAGAUAAAUUUAGACAGUUGAUUUCCCCUUAGUGUGAGAGCAGAAUGUAGUAGGCUGUAAUCCAGGCAGCCAUAGGGUUUUCAGCUUAUGACCCAAGUACCCACAUCUAGUAGUUAAUAAUGUGCCCUUAGUUUUACAAGGGCUUUUUGUGCCUUCUCUUUCCACUCUUUGCUUAUGCAUUCCACACACACUAUACAGAAGAUUGCAUGUACUGCACCUUGGCAGAGCCAGGUAGAUGCUCCCUGUCCAUGUCCAGCAAGAUGUUUUCAUGCUUCAGAGGUGGGAGUCGGCAUUGCAGCAAACUAUACUGUCUCCUUCCUUCAGGUGCACUCAUUCCACAUUCUCUGUUUGUCUUGUCCAGUGCCCGAAUGGUUAAUUGAACAUGGGUCAUCGGAGUCAUACUCGGAAUUUUGUCCCAUGUACACCAUGGGGUUGCUGAGGCUAAUUUAUUAGUACUUUUACCCCCCCCCAAAGAAAAAAAUGCAAACGUUGUAGUCUGACAGCCCAUUGAGUGAGGAAUGAAUUGAUUGCUGCAGUCCUUCCUCUAAAAAAAGUUCUAUGAUGUUUAAUUGUAUGUGGUAGGAAGCAGGCUUCCAAUAAAUACUGUAUUGAUUUUACUUAAAAUAUCAAACAUUUUGAAUGUACUGCAGUAUAUAUGUAAUCUUCUGGGCACCUAUGAACUUUGACAAAUACAUGGGUCAUAUGCAGUAUGUGUACUUGCAUGUUUGCUGCAUGAGUAUUGUUUGUAGAUUUAUAUCACUCUUUACUACUGCAUAUAACAUAAUUGUACAAAUUUGCACUAAAACUGUCAGUGUCUGUCCAGUUAGAAAGUAUCACAAAAUGUUAACCAGAAAAUGUAUGAUGCAAGCAGAUUAGAAGUAUGGGAAACAUACUAAUGUUUAUUUCAACUUUAACUGGACAUGUCCCAUUAAGUCAGACGCACCAUUACAGAGGUGACACAAUGUGCUGACUGCACCCAAGCAACACUGGAGAUCCUACACCCUGGAACAGAGGGGCAGCAGUAGGAAUCAUUCAUGCUUAGAAAUGUUUCUCAGCGUAGACUGCUUUAUGUUGUGUGUUGCCCGUUUUAUAUUUGACAGCAGAUCAUGGUUAUUUACCAUUUGUUGAUUUUGUAACAGCUGGUGAAUGUUUCAAAGUUGUACUUAACUGUAGCAUUGCAUAAUUUGAAGUUCUCAAUUGUGAUACUAAUAAGUUUGUUAGAAUGGUUCACUUGCAGAAGUUACACAAGUAGAAGCUUCUUGUUUCUUGUGGGAGAUAACCGAUUCCAGAGGUCUUAAAUAUGUACAGCCUUUGAAUUAUUAAAAUAUCUGGGAUAGCACUAGCAUAUGUUAGUAUGUUCACUGGUUCUGUGCCUAAUGCAAUAGACAAGUUUUAGCAAUUUGAUUUUUUUCAUAGUAUAGAUGUUUAUAUGGGCAACACAGAAGUAUAUCCUAAUGUGUGCAUUUAUUGUUCUGAAGUCUGACUCACAAGAAACCUUGAAUAGCCAUCAGGUGCCUGGACAAGUUAAUGCACUCAUGGUAAUGAAUUUGUAAUGUGGACAGCAUGUGGUCUUUCAACAAUAGCACAGCAUAGCCUACAAUGAAGGAAUACAUGAAAGAAUGAACUAAACAGUCUAUUACCAGUUACCUCAACUACUUUUGUGCAUGUGUUACAUUGUAUAGUCUUCAUUUAAAUAAAAACUACACUAUCCCUGAAAUUUUAGACCUUUGAGAAGAAGCAAGUCAGAUUCUCUUACUGAUAAAUCUUUGAAAUACCUUACAUGAUUUUACUGAGGUAUGUAUUAGAAAAUGAAGAAAGCCUUGUAGUUUGAAUAACAGUGAGUGAAAUGAAGGCCAGUAAUUGUAUAUUACAUUUUAUUGAGACGUAUGAGCAGUAAAACUACAGAGUUAUGUGGUGCAAAUUUUAUCAUACAUUUCAAAUGUUGAAGCAGUUGGCUACAGGGUUUGUUUUCUGCUCCUUGAAAGUAGAUGAUGGUAUGUUCCUUCAGAGUCUUCUUUACACCUAUGAAAUGAGUGUCCUGUUUUGAUUUUUCUUCGCACAUUAUGUUUUUUUAUGUAUGUGUAAGCAGUGGAUUCUUUGUAAUGCUUCUUACAUAAACUGAUCUGUCUGCAUACUCCUUAA